CUUUCUGGUUCCAUGGCCAUCUGGACCAUGUUGCUGCUUCUAAUAUUCUCAUGCAAUGACCUGGGAGGAAAUUUUUAUUUAUUUUUGUGUGCUGGUUAUUAUUAGCUGCUUAGCUUGUUUCUUUAGAAGAUUUUCAAUUAAAUCAUCAUAUUUAUUUGCACAUGCAUAAUUUCAUAUUGACCUAUAAACACUUGAUUUCAGGAAUAAAUGGUUUGAAACCAGAUACUUCUGAUGUCACGAAGCAUCUGGAUGAGCUAUCAGUGAAUGAGCUCCUUGAUGGCAGUUACAAGUGUCCUAGUUUUGCCAAAGACAAAGGAAAGAAAGCAGCAAAUUUGAAUGAAAAUAUUCUACAUUCAGUUAGAAAGACUUGCUCUAUUCUUCGGCAAUGCAAGCCUCUACAGAGCCAGAAUUCUGUUGAGAUUGAUAAUAGUUACAACCAGAAAGUUUCCACAUGCCCAUUGAGCUCUGACACUUCUGUGGCAACUAGAAAUGACAAUGAUAAAGGAGAUACCUGCACUACUGAUCUGUCUUCACAUGACAAGGAUUCUUUUAGCAAGCCCAAAAUCCCUGCCGAUGUGCUAGAUUUCGUGUUGUGUCAACCUAAAGAUAUUUUGGAGCGCCUCGCACUUCCUCCACCCAAGGAUUUGGAUUCUCUGCUCCUGGACGUGGCCAAGCCUACUGUAGUUUCAAAAAAUAAUUCUGAUUCACGUGGCAAGCAAAUAUCUCACCGAGAUAGCUUGCCACCUUUUUCUUGGUCACAUAAUUCUGGCGGGCAUUACAAAUCUAGCGCUGAUGCAAUUAAAUCAUCUGCGGGUAAGACCACAUGCCAGAGUAGAUGGAUAAAAAUUGGAAACACUAAUACUUCUCUGAAAGGCAGAUCUGAUUUUCUUGCGGACUUGGAGUCACUUACUUAUGAUCACAGCCUGGUUCCUUUGGAAGGUCUGAAAAAUGACCCUGUGGAAAAUAAAAUUGCCCCAUUUGCAUCUGCUAACUUUCCUUGGUUUGAAUUGGGUUCAUCAUCGUCUGCAACGUGCUCAAUAGCUUCGAAGCUUCCUCCAGAAUCCGAUAGCAGUCUGAAGUAUGAAGAAGAUGGUAAGAUUUUCAGUUCCUUUCAUAGAAUUAUCUUUAUUUUUGAACUUACAACCUGAUAAACCUGUUUCCUGUAAAUUAUUUCAUAUCCACAUAGUUUUCACUUUUUUAUUUUU